AUGGAUCGGAAAUGGAUGUUUGCUAGUCGAUUAUCAAAAGAAUAUGAAGAUGGGGUGAAAGAGUUUCGUAGAUUUGCAGUUGAGCAUGCAAAAAACCCUAGUAGAAUUAUUUGUCCUUGCUUGAAGUGUUGUCAUUCAAGGGUAGUGAACGCAGAUGAGUUAGAAGCACAUUUAGUAUGCAACGGAAUUGAUAAAAGUUAUUCAUGUUGGACCAAACAUGGUGAAAAUCAAAAAAAUGAUAUAGCACAUAAUGGGCAUGAUAGCACAAGUUAUGCACCACAAGAGACUGACACAACAUAUGACUUUGACCAAGUUGAGGAGAUUGCAAACAUUAUUGAAGAGGAUAUGCGAGAUUGUCCUCAAAUGUUUGACAGGUUGACAAUGGAUGCAAAAACACCAUUGUAUAAUGGUUGUACUAGUUUCACAAGACUAUCAGCGGUGUUAAAAUUAUUCAAUUUGAAAGCAGGAAAUGGAUGGUCUGAUAAGAGCUUUACUGAAUUACUAUCACUUUUGAAAGAUAUGCUACCACAAGAUAAUGUACUUCCUUGUCGAAUGUAUGAGGCUAAAAAAAUGUUAAGCUCUAUUGGUAUGAGCUACGAGAAGAUUCAUGCUUGUCCAAAUGAUUGCAUUCUUUUUCGAAAUGAAUAUGCACCAUUGGAUAAAUGUCCUAAAUGUAGAGCAUUACGUUACAAGAAAAAUUCAGCACCGAUGAAAGUGGUAUGGUAUUUUCCUAUAAUACCAAGAUUUAGGCGCAUGUAUCAUAAUGCACAAGAUGCAAAGAGCUUAAGAUGGCAUGCAGAUGAAAGGAUAUGUGAUGGAAAGCUUCGACACCCUGCUGAUUCUCCUCAAUGGGCAAAAGUUGACCAUGAUUACCCCAAUUUUGGAAAAGAACCAAGAAACCUACGUCUUGCUUUGUCUACUGAUGGAAUAAAUCGCAUGGUAUGCAAAGCAACUCGCACAGCACGUGGCCUGUGGUUAUGA